AUGUGGCGGGCGCUGUCAUUCCUGGUGGCGCUGCCGGCGGUGGGGGUCUGCAUGCUGAACGUCUGGCUGGAGCAGCACCGGCACCACCACGUGCCCCCCGAAUUCGUUCCCUACCACCACCUGCGCAUCCGCACCAAGCCGUUCCCGUGGGGCGAUGGGAACCACACACUCUUCCACAACCCCCACACCAACCCCCU